GCAACGUCCGUGUACCCUCGCCACAAUUGCAGUUCUUUCGUGUUCCCCUCUUCCAAAACUGGCUCCUCCAAAGCAUUCUCAUCGGAUGCGACAAAAUACUACCGAAUGAAAGCCACUGCAAUCCCAAAUAUCAAGGUGAGGAGAGGAAAUCCAGGCCACGACGAACAACUGAAAAAAGAAAGAAAAUGAGGGAGGCGGAUCCAGAGACCCCCAAGAUCAAAGAAGAACCACAGGAAGAUGAAAUCCCCAAGUUUCCAAUGACUGUCGGUGUAAAGAGCGAAGAAGAUGAAGAUCCAAGCGAAGAGAGCGGAGCGGCGAAACCUUGGAGCGACAGCUCAUUUCAACAUCUGACAACAAAAGGAGAGGGACGACCGCAACCUGAAGGCUUGUUAGCUCCACUCUCGGACAGUGACGACGUUACAUCACACUCUUCUGAUUUUAACACUGAUGAGGAGGAUAAUGACUUUGAUCAAAAUGCUUCAAAAUCCCUAAAGAAGUCAUCAGUGAGAAGAGACACAAAAGAAUGCGCCGUCAGGAAGCCUUUUGUCUGCAAAUUUUGUGGUAAACGAUUCGCUGAGAAGGGAAGUUUAAACAAACACACACGGACACACACAGGAGAAAAGCCUUUUCCCUGCUCAGUUUGCCAUAAACGAUUCUCUCAGAAAGCACAUCUAAACUAUCACACGAAAACACACACUGGAGAAAAGCCUUUCCCAUGCUCGGUUUGUGGGAAAAGAUUCACAGAUAAGGGAACUUUAAACAGACACGCAAGAACGCACACUGGAGAGAGGCCUUUCCCCUGCUCAGAUUGCCAUAAAAGAUACUUCACGAAGGCAGCUUUAAACACACACACACUUACACACACCGGGGAAAAGCCUUUCGCCUGCUCAGUUUGUCAUUAUACAUUUUGUACGAGGCAACGGUUAACAAGACACACACGUACACACACUGGGGAAAAGCCUUUUGCGUGCACAUGUUGUGGUAAAAGAUUCUCCCAGAAGGGAAGUUUAAAAACACAUACAAAAAUACACACUGGAGAGAAGCCUUUUGCCUGCUCAUGCUGCGGUAAAAGAUACUCUGAAAAACUUUAUUUAGAAAGACACGUCCGUACACACACUGGGGAAAAACCUUUUCCCUGCUCAUUUUGCCAUAAACGAUACUUCACAAAGGCACAAUUAAACAUACACACACGUACACACACUGGGGAAAAGCUUUUCGCCUGUUCAGUUUGUCAUAUGAGAUUUUGUACAGGGUAUCAGUUAACAAAACACACACGUACACACACUGGAGAGAAGCCUUAUGCCUGCACAACUUGUGGUCAAAGAUUCACCGAAAAGGCACGUUUGAACGAACACACGAGAAGACACACAGGAGAGAAGCCUUUUGACUGCUCAUUUUGCGAUAAAUCUUUCUUUGAUAAACGACUUUUAACAUCACACAUGCGAACGCACACAGGAGAAAAGCCUUUUGUCUGUACAUCUUGUGGUAAACGAUUCUCUUGGGAGCGAAGUUUAAAAAAACACACAAUUACACACACCGGAGAAAAGCGUUUUCCCUGCUCAGUUUGCCAUAAACGAUUCUCUCAGAAAUCAUAUCUAAGCUAUCACACUAAAAUACACACUGGAGAAAAGCCUUUUGUCUGCACAGCUUGUGGUAAAAGAUACAUCACGAAGGCAGAUUUAAACAAUCACACAAGAACACACAAUGGAAAGAAGUCUUUCGCCUGCUCAGUUUGCCAUAAAAGCUACUUCACAAAGGCAAAUUUAAACAGACACACACUUAAACACACGGGAGAGAAGCCUUUUGCCUGCCCUCUUUGCGAUAAAAGAUUUGGUCGUAAGGACGAGUUAAAAGCACACACGCGUACACACAGGGAAAAAGCCUUUUCCCUGAUCACUUAGUGGUAAAAGAUUCACUGGGAAGGGAAGUUUAAAAUUUAAAUUUAUAUUAUUGGGUUAAAUAUCAUACAGUUGGGCAAAUAAGUAUUUAGUCAACCACUAAUUUUGCAAGUUCUCCCACUUGAAAAUAUUGGAGAGGCCUGUAAUUGUCAACAUGGGUAAACCUCAACCAUGAGAGACAUAAUGUGGGAAAAAAAACAGAAAAUCACAUUGUUUGAUUUUUAAAUAAUUUAUUUGCAAAUCAUGGUGGAAAAUAAGUAUCUGGUCAAUACCAAAAGUUCAUCACAAUACUUUGUUUUGUACCCUUUGUUGGCAAUAACGGAGGCCAAACAUUUUCUGUAACUCUUCACAAGCUUUUCAUACACUGUUGCUGGUAUUUUGGCCCAUUCCUCCAUGCAGAUCUCCUCUAGAGCAGUGAUGUUUUGGGGCUGUCGUUGGGCAACUUUGACUAUAAACUCCCUCCACAGAUUUUCUAUGGGGUUAAGAUCUGGAGACUGGCUCGGCCACUCCAGGACCUUGAAAUGCUUCUUACGAAGCCACUCCUUUGUUGCCCUGGCUGUGUGUUUGGGAUCAUUGUCAUGCUGAAAGACCCAGCCACGUCUCCUCUUCAAUGCCCUCGCUGAUGGAAGGAGAUUUUCACUCAAAAUGUCUCAAUACGUGGCCCCAUUCAUUCUUUCCUUGAUACAGAUCAGACGUCCUGAUCCCUUUGCAGAAAAACAGCCCCAAAGCAUGAUGUUUCCACCCCCUUGCUUCACAGUGGGUAUGGUGUUCUUCGGAUGCAAUUCAGUACUCUUUCUCGUCCAAACACAAGAAUAGGGCUGUCCCAAACGACUAAUUUUCUCCCGAUUAGUCAGCCGACUAUUUUUACGAUUAGACGACUAAUCUAAUAAUAAAAAAAUAUAUAUAUAUUUUUUGUUUGUUUGUUUUUGUUUACUAAUUUAGCAAUGAAAUUUUUGUUGACGCUCAUCAGUUCACAAAAAAACAUACUGGAACACUUAAAAAUUUUUAUUAAAGUACAAAUAAACACGUAAAUAACAAUAAUAAAUCACAAAUAAACAAUGAGUUGAAAUGCUGAUAGAAUUAACUAGUGUAGCAUCCCGAUUGAAAAGAUGGUCUCUUAAACUGAUGGUUUACAACUUUUAUUCCAUCUUUGAUGUAAUCACACCGUAAGAGCUACGGUGCACACAAAUAAACAACACAAUUAGAAAUUAACGAAAACUUUUCACCUUUUUCCUUUUAAACCUUAUUUAUAUAUCAAUGAAUUGCCUAUAUGAAUUGCCUUUACCUUAAUUUAUUACCUUAUCAUUGACAAUCUCUCCCUUGAGUGCAAUCACUGUAUAUAUUGUAUAUAUUUAUGACCUUUUAACCUUAAAUAAUUUUCUAUACCAUAACAUGAAAUAAACCUUUCAGUUAGCAUUAAGAACAAUACUAUUAGCACUUAUAGGCCCAUUGUCAAUGAAACAUUAUUAUUUAGUAAGGCGACAGCACCCUCUAGUGUACAAAAAAUGAAGGAAAAAAAAAAUUAGAAACGGUGACGGCGCUUGAGGUGUUUAUUCACGGCCGACGUGCAGUCAAGCUUGGCAUUGAAGAGACAGGACAGAAGAGUGUAGCCUCCUUUGUUUCUUUGAAAUAAGUCAAUGUUUUGGACACUCUGGUGGGCUUUUUUGGCUUUGUGCCGCUUUCCCCGAUUGCAUACAGCGCAUCCGACAUUCUCAACUUUCCGCGCAUAUAUUUUUUUAACCCUUCAUUAACCGUCGACGGGAUGUUGUGCUCGUCGACGGAUUUACGUCAUCGAUUACGUCGACUAGUCGGGACAGCUCUACACGAGAACCUGUGUUUCUACCAAAAAGCUCUAUUUUGGUUUCAUCUGACCGUAACACAUUCUCCCAGUCCUCCUCUGGAUCAUCCAAAUGCUCUCUAGCGAACUGCAGACAUGCCUGGACGUGUACUGGCUUCAGCAGGGGGACACAUCUGGCAGUGAAGGAUUUGAGUCCCUGGCGGCGCAUUGUGUUACUGAUAGUAGCCUAUGUUCCUGUGGUCCCAGCUCUCUGUAGGUCAUUCACUAGGUCCCCCCAUGUGGUUCUGGGAUUUUUGCUCACCAUUCUUGUUAUCAUUUUGACGAAACGGAGUGAGAUCUUGCAUGGAGCCCCAGAUCGAGGGAGAUUAUCAGUGGUCUUGUAUGUCUUCCAUUUUCUAAUAAUUGCUCCCACAGUUGAUUUCUUUACACCAAGCGUUUUACCUAUUGCAGAUUCAGUCUUCUCAGCCUGGUGCAGGUCUACAAUUUUGUCUCUGGUGUCCUUCGACAGUUCUUUGGUCUUGGCCAUAAUGGAGUUUGGAGUGUGACUGACUGUUGUUGUGGACAGGUGUCUUUUAUACAGAUAAGGAGUUAAAGCAAGUGCCAUUAAUACAGGUAACGAGUGGAGCCUCGUUAGAUGACGUUUUAUACCGAUAAAGAGAUAAAGCAAGUGCCAUUAAUACAGGAAACGAGUGGAGCCUCGUUAGAGAAAGUUAGACCCAGGCAUGCAAACUUGCCACCUUUCAGCGAAAUUUCGCCGUUUGGAAAUCAAAAUGGGUCAUUCUUCUGAAUCAGGUAGAUCCCAGGGGGGAAAAAUAGG